GCUGUAUAAUUAAGCUCUCUCAAUUUUCCUUUUUAGCUCCUUCCACUUCCAUCAAUGCCAACUUGGGAGAGAACCCCAACUCAGAAAUCACUCAAAACAAAAUUUUAAAGCAAGAACACUAACCCUCCAAACUUUUCUUCUAUGCUUUGAAGUUUCUCUAAUGGCACGAGCAAAUGGUCACCGUUUUGAAACUGUUAUUGACGUAGGGAAGCCGGCGAACUUCACCGGAGGACUUGAGUUCACUAGUCUUACUUAUACUGUGAGUAAGAAGCAGAAGGUUGAUGGGAAAUGGUUGAGUCAAGAAGUAGAUUUGUUGCACAAGAUUACUGGGUAUGCACCCAAAGGAUGCAUCACCGCCGUCAUGGGGCCCAGUGGUGCCGGAAAAUCUACCUUCUUGGAUGGAUUGGCUGGCCGUAUCGCAAGUGGAAGCCUCAUGGGUAGAGUUUCAUUUGAUGGCACAGAAAUGAGUCCAAGCUUGAUUAAGAGAACUUCGGCCUAUAUAAUGCAAGAAGACAGAUUAUUCCCUAUGCUUACAGUUUAUGAAACUUUGAUGUUCGCCGCUGAUUUUCGUCUCGGCCCGAUCUCCACCACUGACAAGAAGCAGCGGGUGGAGAAGCUGAUCGAGCAGCUUGGUUUAUCUUCUUCUAGGAACACCUACAUCGGUGAUGAAGGUACUCGAGGAGUAUCAGGCGGGGAGCGCCGUAGGGUGUCAAUCGGAGUAGACAUAAUCCAUGGACCAUCCUUGCUGUUCCUUGACGAGCCAACCUCAGGUCUGGACUCCACCAGUGCUCAAAGUGUAAUAGAAAAAGUGCACCACAUUGCAAGAUCAGGCAGCACUGUGAUCCUUACAAUUCAUCAACCCUCUUCCAGAAUCCAACUGCUCCUUGAUCAUCUCAUAGUUCUAGCUCGUGGGCAGCUCAUGUUUCAAGGCUCGCCAAAAGAUGUUACUCUCCAUCUUACUCGGAUGGGGAGAAAAGUCCCAAAUGGAGAAAACUCAAUAGAAUAUUUAAUCGAUGUGAUUCAAGAGUACGAUCGAUCUGAACAUGGAGUUGAGGCACUUGCACAGUUUGUACGAACUGGGAUGAAACCGCCUAAGUUGUCCGAUGAGGAUAUGUCGGUAUCUAGUGUUGUUACACCAGCACCACUGUCCCGUGGGAACCGCCGCCAGCCGGAAGGAUCGGGUCAAAGAAGAAAUGGCCGGAAACGGCUUCCUUUGCAAACAAGUGUAGAUGAAUCUAACGAGUUUGACCAUAGUCUGCGGAGCCCGUCAUGGAGUGGCAGCAAUAUUGGAGUAGUGCAAACGUUCAGAUUUACACCAACUCGCCAAAGGAAUGAUAGGAAAUUGCAAAAUCCAAUGAGUACAUCUCCAGGCUACUACACACAAUCAAGCGAGAUCCUGCCAAGCACUCCAACGCCUCACAGCAGCGACUACACAGUCAACGAAAACGACUACUUAACCCCAAAUGCUCCUCAAAACACCCUCCCAUAUCAUCUGGCUCCAAAAUUUGCCAAUUCUUUCUUCUCAGAGACUUGGAUUCUCAUGCGCCGCAACUUCAAGAUCAUCAGAAGAACCCCUGAGCUUUUCCUCUCAAGACUCUUCGUUUUAACCAUCAUGGGCUUCAUGAUGGCAACCAUGUUCAUCAACCCAAAAGAUAAUUCUCAAGGAAUCACAAAUCGUCUCAGCUUCUUCAUCUUCACUGUUUGUCUCUUCUUCUUCUCUUCAAACGAUGCCGUUCCUGCUUUUAUCCAAGAACGCUUUAUUUUUAUACGUGAAACUUCUCAUAAUGCUUACAGAGCUUCUUCUUACACCAUUUCUGGUCUCAUCACUUUCCUUCCUUUUCUUGCACUUCAAUCUGGUGUCUAUGCUGCCAUUGUUUGGAAAGCAUUGAAGCUUCGUGGACCUUUCUACUAUUUCUUGCUUGUUCUUUACGUUUCUCUUCUCUCCACCAACUCGUUUGUUAUGUUUGUGAGCUCAGUGGUGCCAAAUUAUAUUCUGGGUUACGCAGCUGUGAUUGCAUUCACUGCUCUAUUUUUCUUGUUUUGUGGCUAUUUCUUGAGUAGCCAUGAUAUUCCCAUGUAUUGGAAGUGGAUGAACAAGAUCUCCACCAUGACGUAUCCUUAUGAAGGGCUGCUGAUGAAUCAGUAUCAGACGUCGGAUGUUUUUGGACAUGAUCCAACUGGGGAAGCUAUAAGUGGCUAUUCAAUCUUAGAAUCACUCAAUAUUAGUACCCAAGAAUUCAAGAAGUGGGAGAAGGUGCUUGUGAUUAUAGGUUGGGCUGUUCUUUACAGGAUUUUUUUCUAUCUUGUUCUUCGAUUCUUCUCCAAGAACCAGAGGUCGUAGAAAAUCACAGCAUGGAGAGAAAAUAAGUGGAGAAUAAUGGUUGUUUAAUUUUGAUUUUGCUAGACAAAUCAUGUGUUUGAUAACUUUGAUUGUAUUUGGUAGAUCAUAAUGCAAGAUAAGUGUAGUUAAUCA